AUGUGCGCCCUGGCGCUGUCUCAGUCUGCCGCCAAGCAGCUGCCGAGACUGGAAGAUGCACGUGAGCUCUUCGCAUCGCUGGGAGAGCUUCAGGAGCUGCGCAGGCUCCUGGAGGAAGAUGCUGGCAGAGCCACGGAGCUGGACGACCUCGGCGUCUGUCCGCUGAUGUUUGCAUGUGCGGGGGGAUGCCUGGAGGCUGUCCGCCUUCUUGCCGAGUUCCGGGCCGACGUCCAAGCCAAGAACCCCAUCAACUGGUCGGUGCUGCUAUAUGCAUCGCUGGGAAAUCAUGCACACGUGGUGAGCUGGCUGGUAGAACAGGGUGUGGAAGUGACUUCUCAUGAGCUGGUGCUGGCAGCCUACACGGGAAACGCAGUCAGCCUGGCGGCGCUGUUAGACCGUUACAAAUGGUCGGUGACGGACCUGCGAACCGAAAGUGGUAAGUGCGGCGUUUGCAACGGCGAUGAGAGCCUAAUCGGCGUUGCAGCGAUCUCCGUCUCACAGUCCUUGUCUCAGCAACGAUUUCUGGAAUCAUCCGAUGCCAGCAUGAUGUCUCGGCAGGUCAGAUAUGACAAGAGCUACAGCACAAAGGACAUGCGCAUCAAGUUCAUGACGGAUGGAAUUCUGCUGCGCGAGGUGCAGGCGGAUUUUCUUUGCCGCAAGUACGCGGCAAUCGUCAUCGACGAAGCCUGGGCAGAUGCUUCUGCUUCGUCCAUCCAGUGGGCCAUGAAAGAGCAGUUCUCCAGCAGCGAAUGCACUAUGAACAACUUGACCGAACACACCGUGCUGGGGCGCAUCGGAACAGUAGCCAUGGGCCUCGGUUGUGGAGGUGCCAAUGGCAAUAUAAACAAACACUACGUUGUCGAGGGUACGGAACUGAUCGAAUAUACACACGUAUUCAAUAUUGCUGCCGAAUGCUCCGAUACAGCCCUCUCCAACACAACAUGGACGCUGGACCAGUGCGUGGAAUCUAGCACAGGUGUGUACGAGAAGGUGAAGUUGGUGACAGCUCCUGGGAUGCUCGACGUCCCCUACGAUGUGGGCGAUGAGAACUGUUCUGGUGCACCUCUCAGUAAAUACCUGAGUCCUAUGCUCUGCGUUGCCUCGAAUGACGUCGACGGAUACCUCAGCCGUAUGCCCACAAGUUACGGAGAGCAGCGCAUCUCGUGCUAUUACAGCAACAGCGACUGUACCGGCAGCCAGAU